CGCGACCUCUUUGUCUCCGCAGCGGCGGGCGCGACCGCGGGGCCCGGGGCGGAAGUCCCGACGCGCUCCCGGCGCCCCGGGCCGCCGCGGCCGCACCAUGAGCGACAUCCGUCACUCGCUGCUGCGCCGCGACGCGCUCAGCGCCGCCAAGGAGGUGCUGUACCACCUGGACAUCUACUUUAGCAGCCAGCUGCAGAGCGCGCCGCUGCCCAUCGUGGACAAGGGCCCCGUGGAGCUGCUCGAGGAGUUCGUGUUCCAGGUGCCCAAGGAGCGCGGCGCGCAGCCCAAGAGAUUGAAUUCGCUUCAGGAGCUCCAACUUCUUGAAAUCAUGUGCAAUUAUUUCCAGGAGCAAACCAAGGAUUCUGUCCGGCAGAUUAUCUUCUCAUCCCUUUUCAGCCCCCAAGGGAACAAAGCCGAUGACAACAGGAUGAGCUUGUUGGGAAAACUGGUCUCCAUGGCAGUGGCUGUGUGUCGAAUCCCAGUGUUGGAGUGUGCAGCCUCUUGGCUCCAGCGGACGCCCGUGGUCUACUGCGUGAGGUUGGCCAGGGCCCUGGUAGACGACUACUGCUGCCUGGUGCCGGGAUCCGUGCAGACGCUGAAGCAGAUAUUCAGUGCCAGCCCCCGCUUCUGCUGCCAGUUCAUAACUUCAGUCACUGCGCUGUACGACCUGUCGUCAGAUGAGCUCAUCCCCCCGUUGGACUUGCUGGAAAUGAUUGUCACCUGGAUUUUUGAGGACCCGCGGUUGAUUCUCAUCACUUUUCUGAACACGCCAAUUGCAGCCAACCUCCCAAUAGGAUUUUUGGAGCUCACCCCGCUCACUGGAUUGAUCCGCUGGUGUGUGAAGGCCCCUCUGGCUUAUAAACGGAAGAAGAAGCCCUCCUUAGCCAACGGCCACGUCCCCGCCAAAGUCGCGAAGGACUCGGCGGGGAUGGACAGAGACUCCCACCUCUUGUACUCUAAGCUCCACCUCAGCGUCCUGCAGGUCCUCAUGAUGCUGCAGGUGCACUUGACCGAGAAGAACCUGUACGGGCGCCUGGGGCUCAUCCUCUUUGACCACAUGGUCCCGCUGGUGGAGGAGAUCAACAGAUUGGCGGAUGAACUGAACCCCCUCAACGCCUCCCAGGAGAUCGAGCUCUCCCUGGACCGGCUGGCACAAGCUCUGCAGGUGGCCAUGGCCUCCGGAGCCCUGCUGUGCACAAGAGAUGACCUCAGAACCUUGUGCUCCAGGCUGCCCCAUAACAACCUGCUCCAGCUGGUGAUCUCGGGCCCCGUGCAGCAGUCGCCCCAUGCGGCGCUCCCUCCCGGCUUCUACCCCCACAUCCACACGCCCCCGCUGGGCUACGGGGCCGUGCCAGCCCACCCCGCCGCCCACCCCGCCCUGCCCACACACCCCGGGCACACCUUCAUCUCGGGCAUGACGUUUCCAUUCAGGCCCAUCCGCUAGGCCGACCCGAGGACCGCCGAGCGGCCCGUGCCUUCUCGCCUGGCUUGGAGGCAGCCUUCCCGGGGAAGAGGGCCUCGGAGUGGGCGCGGCAGGCGACCCUCCUCCCUGGCAGAUCUGUGUUGGGGCAGAAGUUCUGCGACGUCGCCAACCAGGCACCUGCUACCCGGCCACGUUCGUAAACGUCCAGGUGGGAUGGAUGAAAGGAAAAACGUCCAGCCAUCAGCGGAGCCGUGCGGGCGUCUGUGGGCCUGUGUGUCUCCUGGUGUGUCAUUGCAGACACACGCUCUGAGCCUGCGCUGUCGGGGCACCGACGGGGAAGCAGCGUCUGCAGUCCACCCGCCUGGCUUCCCUCCCUGCGAACGGGCUGUGGCCCCGAUAAACACAGGCCACUUGCACAGCCCGGGAGCUCCACGCCGAAGCGUUGGCAUCACAAGCUUACCCACAGCACGGGUGCCAGUCGGGGAAACCUGUGAGCCUUGCCCCGUCACCGAGGAAAGGAACUCGGCCAUUUUAUUGGGGUCUCUAAAUUGUCCUUUCGUAUGUUCAAAUAAAUUUUUUUCUAAACGGU